AAACGGGAGACCAGCCUGAGAGAGAGGGAGGGAGAGAGGGACGGAGGAGAGGGAGAGAGGGACGGAACGGGGAAAGAGAGCGACACAGCCCGGGUCCACAUGGGUUGCGCCCUGAGCGCGGACUGCUGCGCAGAGGAACCGGAUCCCGAGCCCGUCCGAGGGUCGCCGAAAAGAGGGGGUCCCGAAAGGUUUGACGACACAAUGAGGCUGACCAAGCCUGGGAAGGGUGAGCCCCACUCCUUCAAAGAGAAGUCCUUUAAGAAGAAGCGCCAGUGUGGAGUUUGCAGACAGAGCAUCGAGAACCUGGGCUCUUUCUGCCGAGUGUGUAAAACGGCAACCCACAAGAAAUGUGAAAUAAAGGUAACCGGUGCCUGUGUUCCCGCCCCCUCCACUGACCUGCAAAGGCGAGGCACCGCCCCCUCCAGGCACAUCCAGCACCUGGGCUCCACCAAGUCUCUCACAUACACCAAGCAGAGGAGCACCCUGCCCAGGAGUUUCAGUGUGGACCGUGUGAUGGACAGGGUGAUGGAGCGCCACUAUGACUUUGACCUGACCUACAUCACCGAGCGCAUCAUCUCCGUCUUCUUCCCUCCCGUGCUGGAGGAGCAGCGUUACCGUGCCAACCUCAAGGAAGUCACUGCCAUGCUCAAGUCCAAGCACCAGGAGAAGUUUCUGCUGUUGAACCUGUCGGAGAGACGGAAUGACAUCACGCGUCUCAAUCCCAAGGUCCAUGAUUUCGGCUGGCCUGAUCUUCACGCCCCGCCCCUUGAUAAAAUCUGUGCCAUGUGCAAAGCCAUGGAGACCUGGCUGACCUCCGACCCCCAGCAUGUGGUGGUCCUGCACUGCAAGGGAAACAAAGGCAAAACUGGGGUCAUCAUCGCUGCCUACAUGCACUACAGCAAGAUCUCAGCAGGGGCUGACCAGGCUCUGAGCACUCUGGCCAUGAGGAAGUUCUGUGAGGAUAAGGUGUCGUCAGCUCUCCAGCCUUCUCAGAAUAGGUAUAUCUACUAUUUUGGGGGUCUCCUGUCUGGGGCCAUUAAGAUGAACAGCAGCCCCCUCUUCCUGCACCAGGUUCUCAUCCCGACUCUCCCAAAAUUCCAGUCUGAUGGAGGUUAUUUCCCCUUCCUGAAGAUCUACCAGUCCAUGCAGCUUGUGUACACCUCUGGAAUCUAUGAUCUGCAGGGCUCGGAGGCGCGGAGGCUGUGUGUGACCAUCGAGCCCGCUCUGCUGCUGAAGGGGGACAUCAUGGUGAAGUGUUACCAUCGACAGGCUCUGCGGGCAGAGAGGGACACAGUUUUCAGGCUCCAGUUCCACACCUGCACCAUACACGGGGCACAGCUGUGGUUCGGGAAGGACGAGCUGGACGAGGCCUGUGCAGAUGAGAGGUUCCCCUCCGACGCCACGGUGGAGUUCGUCUUCUCCUCGGGACCAGAGAAAAUAAAAGGGAGAGAGUACCAGCGGAAUGACCCUGCAGUCACAGUGGACUACAACACAGCAGACCCCGUGGUGCGCUGGGACUCCUACGAGAACUUCAACACGCGGAACCAGGACAGCCUGGAAGGUAACCGUGGUGACAGGAGCAGUCUCGCUUCAGGUUCGGCAUCCAGACGCAUGAGCAGGCAUCAAAAGGACAUCGCUCACACUCGUGGCCCGGUGGACGGCAGUCUGUACGCGCAGGUGAAGAAGCGCAGGGCGGCGGGGUCGGGGUCGCUGGCCUCCACCAAUGGGAGCCCGGGAAUAUGCGGCGAGGAGAAGCAGGGCCAGCUGCUGUCCGUCAGCUCGGACUCGGGCCAUUCCUCCGCCCCCACCGAGCGCCUGGAGGACCCGCCCCGCCCCCCGCCGCCCACCCGGCAGGAGAGGGAGGAGCUGAACCGGCUGCUGGGCGGGAUCGAGGGCGGGAGGCAGGGCGAGGGCCGGGAGCGGGAGACGGCCAUACUGGACGACGGCGAGGCCACGCCCCCGGGGGGCGGGGGGACGCUGCGCCUGGACCGCUCCUGCUCCUGCCGCGUCGGCCACCGCUCCCAGCGCUGCGUUGAGCCCGCCUGCGACCGGGCCUUCCUGGUGCCCAACGGCUACUGCCCCGCCCCUGCCCCGCCCCACCUGGAGCUCUGCCACGCCCACGCGGCCCUGCCCCCGCCCGACCUCCUGUGGGAACGGCAGCAGCCCGUCCCCCACUACCCGUCCCGCCACCAGUACCCCUACCCCGCCUCGGACAUGCCCGGCCCCGCCCACAGCAGGAUGCUCUGCAGAGGGGAGGAGUACCCGCCCUACCUCCACCCCUCCCAUGGCCACCCCCACCACCCUCAGCCCUCCAGCCCCUCCUACCGCCAGAUGCUGCUGCUGGACGGCGUGGCGCCCCCUGGCUGCCCGUGCCGGGACUGCUGCUGCCGGCGGGAGGACGCCUUCCACGCCCUGCGGCUGGAGCGGGGGGAGGGGCUGCACUGGGAGAGGCGGGGCCGGGACGUGUCCCUGCAAUGGGACAGGGACAGGGAGGCGGAGCUUCAGUGGGAGCGCGAGCGGGAGAUGGAGUUCUGGCACCGGAGGGCGUACGGCGGCCCCCGCCACUCCCCCGAGCCCCACGACCUCCCGGCCUUCACCUUCGACCCCCUGCCCUCCGGCCACCCCGCCUACCCCGAGCCCUCCCGCUCGCACGGCCACGCCCACUCGCACCCAGACCUGAAGUACAGCAGCAGCAGCAGCGGCUACCAGACCCCCCGGCAGGCCUGCCCCUGCUCCCCCUACCAGCCCUCCCCCUCGGAGAGCCGCGGCUACGGCUCUGGGUACCAGUCUGAGUCCACCUCGCCGCUGCCCCCCCCGGCCUGCAGCCAGGGGCCCGACGUGCAGCCCCACUCCCACCCCCAGCCCCAGCCGUACCCCCCCGACCAGCACGCAGGGGACAGUUUGUCUUGGCGGGACCACAGCUCCCAGAGUUCCUUGAGGAGAGCGCACAGAGAGGCGCCUGUCAUGUCCUCUGUGAACUCUGACCUCUCGGGGCCGCCCACCCCGGUGCAUACCAGCAGCCCUUUGCGAACCCAGGAAAGUCCUAGUCCAGCAGAUGCAGAGCUGCAUGUGUCGGCGGUCAGCAGUGUCCCCACCCCAGCAUCUCCCCAGAGGGCCCUCAGCCCCGCCCAGGCUCCACAAAGCCCCGCCCAUGUUCCUCAUAGCCCAGGCCAGCAGCCCCUCAGCCCCACCCAAGCUCCACAGAGCCCCACCCAUGCUCCGCACAGCCCUACCCAGCAGCCCCUCAGCCCCGCCCAAACUCCACAGAGCCCCACCCAUUCUCAACACAGUGUCACCCACGCUCCACAAAGCCCCGCCCAUUCUCCAAUGAGCCCCACCCAGCAGCCCCUCAGCCCUGCCCAUGCUGCACAAAGCCCCGCCCAUUUUCCACACAGCCCUACCCACGCUCCACACAGUCCUACCCAGUGCCCCUCACAAGACCAGCAGUCCAGUCCUGUCCCAGCCCAGUCCGCCCCAGACACCCCCGAUUCACACGCCGUCCCCACCCAGAUGGAGCCCCAGAACCAUCAGCCCUCUGUAGAGGGGAGCAGCCUGCCCAUAGAGAUGCCUGCCGUUGCCCAGACAACACCACAAAAUGCCACGCCAUGUUCUUCGGGUCCUGUACCGGCACCCGUGCAGCUGAACGGCGGGUUCCCCCCCAAGGACGGCACCCCUGGCUCCCCCAAACCAAACUCCGCCCCCAGCUCCACCCCCAGCUCGGGCCCCUCCUCCCCGCAGCCCCCUGCUGGCAGCCCGGAGUACUGGCCCCCCUCAGAGGGCCCGGUGCCCGGCUUCGCCACCCUGGGCCGGAAGCUCAUGCUCGGGGGGGACGGCUGCUCCCCCAAAACCCCGUCUCCCACUGCCGAGGGCUACUGCACCCCCACCUUCCCCGUCUCUGGCUGUUACUACCCCGCCAGCACCCCGCCGGUAUCCUACUCUGGUUACACGUCCGUCACCAUCCCCCCUCCCCAGCCCCCGCUCCCCGAGAAACGCCGCCAGUCCGCCCUGCCCGGCUCGCCCAACGGGCGGGGCUCCACCCUCAGGACCCCCGCGGGGGCCCAGUACCCACAGCCCCCUUCAUCCGCCCCUCACCACGUCACCUUCUCCCCGUCCGUGGGGGAGGCAGCGCCCCCUGUGGGCUCCCGCGAGGAGACGCCGCACAGCCGGGUCAGCGUUAAGUUCGUCCAGGACAGCUCGCGGUUCUGGUACAAGCCCGGCAUCUCCAGAGACCAAGCGAUCGCUGUGCUGAAGGGGGAGGAGCCUGGAACCUUCCUGAUUCGGGACAGCAACUCCUUCCAGGGGGCCUAUGGCCUGGCACUGAAGGUGGCCACGCCCCCACCCAACGUCAGCAAUCACAGCAGCAAAGCAGGGGACCCCCUAGAGCAGCUGGUGCGCCACUUCCUGAUCGAGACAGGACCACGGGGGGUGAAAAUCAAGGGCUGCCAGAACGAGCCGUAUUUCGGGAGCUUGUCGGCCCUGGUGUACCAGCACUCCAUCACCCCCAUCUCCCUGCCCUGUGCUCUGCGCAUCCCUGAGAAAGACCUGGUUGGGGAGAUCCAGGAGGUGCAGACGGGGAGUAACCUGAGCACUGCUGCAGACCUCCUGAAGCAAGGAGCAGCCUGCAACGUGCUGUACCUGAACUCAGUGGAGACGGAGUCACUGACAGGGCCCCAGGCCAUCGCCAAGGCAACCAGCGCCACCCUGUCCCGGUCCCCCCGUCACCCCGCCACGGUGGUGCACUUCAAGGUGUCUGCCCAGGGCAUCACGCUCACCGACAGCCAGCACAGAGUGUUCUUCAGGAGACACUAUCCAGUCAGCAGUGUGACCUUUAGCAGUGUGGACCCCCAGGACAGGAGGUGGACUAACUCUGACAGCACGACAUCCAAGAUGUUUGGCUUUGUGGCGAAGAAACAGGGCAGCUUGUCAGAGAACGUGUGCCACCUGUUCGCCGAGCUGGACCCCGAGCAGCCAGCCACCGCCAUCGUCAACUUCAUCAACAAGGUCAUGCUCGGGCCACAGCAACGCAGAUAGCCAAGCCCCGCCCCCCUCACAGAGCGGGAGCCAAUCAGGAGAGCGGGAAAACAGCCUGAAGCUGGUUGAGUGGAUUCUGGAAAAAGCAGACUAAGUUUUCAGUGCCUUUGUGUCACUCCACUCUGCCACAGUCUUGUCACCCUUCAUAAUCAAUCCUACCAAUCCUGCCUUUUUAAAUAUUAGUCAUUUAUGUAAAAGAGGAGGUGCAGUGUGCAGAUAUCAACUGUUAAGCCACCUGACUCCUCACUAGAGCAGAAAGGGUGUCAGUACAGAUGUAGGAAAUACUGCUGGGGUCAAGGACCGCUGAGUAUUGAGAAUGACCGUGAGUAGUCUGUGGGCUUUCCAGAACAUUCUGAAUUCAUAUUAUCCAACAUACCAGCGGUAGCUGCUGAAUAUUACCUCUGCUAAACUAUGACAUUGCAACUGAUGCAAAACAUUAUAUACAGAAUUUAUUCACAAAUACAGUUACCACAGUGGUGGGAAAAAACGCUUCUGCCAGUUGUAUCUUUAAAGGAAAGAAACUGGCAAUGGAUCACUCACUCUGAAACCCCCCACACCCCCCCUUCCAAAAGAAAAAAACGAAUACUCACACACACAGAAAGUUAGACGUUUCUGAAUGUGAGUGUAUGCAUGUAUGUGACUGAGUGAGAGAGACAGAGAGAGCGUUUUUGCAGGCCGGACAGUACUGGGGCAUUAGGAAGUUGAUGUGCUGUAGUUGCAGGAUUUUAGAAAAGAGGGAUCAUGCCAUGAUCUUGGCCUGACGCGAGAGAAAAGGGCAGUGUUGCAAAAGGAAAUGGAAGAGUUUACCUGACAGGAAGUGGACACGGUAGGCCACACCCACAGCUCAGCCCUGUACGGCCAAGUCCUCUCAUUAUAUGUAUCCACCUCUCCGAUCUGGGUGUGGUCAACAGACAGGCAAGGUCAGACAAACGCACCCAAGAGGCCAUGUUUGUCCGGUGGUUCCAUCGCGGGCCUAGUCAGUUUGUAGUCUUGAAGCUCGGCUGCGAGUAUCGGUGUCUUCGCCGUUUUUAACAUCCAAAAGAAACACAUUCGUUAAGUAUUAUCACAAAAAUAACACGACUAGGAAACCUUUCUUCUGCACCCACCGUAUUAGCAACAUAAAUCACUCACUCUUUCCUUUGGUGAAUAGAUCCAAGUAUAAAAGGAAAUAGAGCAAGCCAGCUGCCAAAGGCUGUACCUAACCAAAGACAUUUACUGAGCACUCGAUUUUUAUACUAUAAAGCUAUAAUCAGUCGUAAUUUGUCAGCUUCAUGCAUUUGUGUUUGUGUAAGUGGAGUGUGUAUACGUCAUUUUUGUGUUUUUAUAAGAGAAAGACACGCGUCUAUGACAGCUUUAAUAUAUUUGUGAUCUUUUUUUUUUCUUAUUGACCUUUGUAUGUAGUAAUAUAUUUUCUCACAUGCAGCUGCCUGUAAACGUGUAAGAAAUAAAAAAGGAAGGCGCAUUUAUAAGAAAGGAAUUUAUACAAUAUGCUAUUUUUUAAAAACAAACAGCGAUGUAUGCAUAAAAUGAAAAUAAAUAAAAGUUGUGGUACCAAAAAUGUGA